AAGGGGGUUGCUGUGAGCUGUCAAAAUUGCCGCAUCGCAGAACGUAAACUGCAGAAGCGAAAGCAACUUUGCUGGCCGAAGGAAACCUACGAAAACGUUGUUUAAUUGAAACCAUGGACUCGAAGGAAGUGUCGCUGAUCAUUAAAUGGAGCGGCAAAGAGUUUCCCAUCGAAGAUCUGACCGAGCACGAUACCGUCGCCGUAUUGAGGCACGAAAUAUGCAAAAAAACACAGGUCCGGCCGGAGCGACAGAAGCUGCUCAACUUAAAGUACAAAGGCAAGCCGGUUACGGAUGAUGUCAGGCUGGGUGCAAUGGACCUGAAGCCCAAUUUCAAAGUAAUGAUGGUUGGCUCGCUGGAGUCCGAUAUCAAAGAGGCAGCGUCGCGACCCGAAGACGUCGGUAGUGUGGUAAAUGAUUUCGACAACGAGGAGGAAGACAAUGUUGCGUUCGAAAAUAAGGAGGUUUACUUGGCCAAAAUCAACAAACGGAUCAAAGACUACACCAUAAAGGAAUUGAAUCCUCCGCGUGAAGGGAAAAGGCUGCUCGUGUUGGACAUCGAUUAUACGAUAUUUGACCAUCGGUCUGCUGCUGAAAAUGGAACGGAACUGAUGCGACCGUAUCUACACGAGUUUCUGACGUCCGCUUACCAGGACUACGACAUAGCGAUAUGGUCCGCCACGUCGAUGAGAUGGAUAGUGGAGAAAAUGAAGCUGCUCGGGGUAACGGAUGAGGCCCGGGACUACAAGCUGGUGUUUAUGCUGGACGAUGCCGCUAUGAUAACGGUCCUUUGCCCGCUGCGCGGUGUGAUCGAGGUGAAACCGCUGGGCGUAAUUUGGGGCAAGUACAGCCAGUACUCGUCGAAGAACACGAUCAUGUUCGAUGAUUUGCGGCGCAACUUUCUGAUGAAUCCGAAAUCGGGGCUGCGCAUCAAGCCGUUUUCCGAGGCGCACCUCAACCGGCACAAGGACAAGGAGCUGGUGAAGCUGGCCAAGUACUUGAAAGCGAUCGCGGAGCAUUGCGACGACUUUGAUACGCUUAACCAUCGACGAUGGGAGGACUAUCUGGCUAAGAAACGAUCAUCGCAUUGAUAUUGGGCAUCGGGGGUUGGGGGGGAGGGGACUGGGCAGCGAAC